AUGAGUGAAGAGUCAACAGCGGCUGUUGUUCCUGAUAUAUCGAAUGAACAUAAGCAUACACAUCCGAGUGACACGAGUGGCUCGGCUGAUUCGACAGAGCAGCCGCCAUUGAAGAAAAGUGCCUCAAACGUCCCAAUAACACUUCAUAUUCGGUAUAAAACUCAAACAUUUCCCGUGAAAUGCGAUUUGUACGAUACGUUGAAAGAUCUUAAAGAUAAACUAGAUAAAUUAACUGAUGUUGAUCCUCAAGCACAAAAGUUAGUCAACAAAUCAAUAACGAGCGUGAAGCGAGAUGAUGCAACGACGACGUUAAAAGAUUUGCAUUUAACUGAUGGGCAAACAUUGUUAUUAGUAGGUGCAACUAGAGCAGAAAUUUCAUCAGCAUCGGGAUUGAAAAGUAGCUCAAGUGCAAGUAACGAUUCAGAUGAUUAUGCAUCAGCGUCCAAUAAAAAAGAACCUUUAUGUAAACAAACGAGACAUGAAAAAGUACUUAAAGCCGGGAAACCGGACAACGCUCACUUUGGCAUUCGCUCCCAAAAUGAUUCUCUACCAGCUUCAAUCGAUGGAUUGUACAUGUCAAUGUUGAAUCAAUCUGCCAAGAAAGCGCGAUUGACAUUUAAACUUGAACAGGAUGAAUUAUGGAUCAAUACAGCUGAAACGACGAAAAAGAUACCGAUGACACACAUACGAAAUGUCAUCGAUGAACCGAUUGAGGGACACGAAGAGUAUUCAAUCAUUGGAUUUCAGACCGGUACAACAGAUAACUCGAUAAUAUGGAUCUAUUGGUGUCCAUCACAAUAUGUGAGAUCUAUCCGCCGACAAAUUCUCUCUGAUUGA